AUGGCUUCUGACGCAGGUUCUUCAGCUGGUGAUCCCACCUUGAGGAGAAGAAUCGAACCCUGGGACUUUGAAGCAAUCUUUGACCCCAGAGAACUCCGUAAAGAGGCCUGUCUGCUCUAUGAAAUCAAGUGGGGCCCGUGUCACAAGAUCUGGCGACACUCAGGCAAAAACACCACCAGGCAUGUUGAAGUCAAUUUUAUAGAAAAAAUUACUUCAGAAAGACAAUUUUGCUCAUCCACCAGCUGCUCCAUCAUCUGGUUCUUAUCCUGGAGUCCCUGCUGGGAAUGCUCCAAGGCUAUUACAGAAUUUUUGCGUCAACGACCUGGUGUGACUUUAGUUAUUUAUGUGGCACGGCUUUAUCACCACAUGGAUGAACAAAACCGACAAGGACUCAGGGACCUCAUUAAGAGUGGUGUGACUAUCCAGAUCAUGACAACCCCAGAGUAUGAUUACUGCUGGAGGAAUUUUGUCAACUACCCACCUGGGAAAGAUACUCACUGCCCAAUGUAUCCCCCUCUGUGGAUGAAGCUAUAUGCACUGGAACUCCACUGCAUAAUUUUAAGUCUUCCUCCCUGUUUAAUGAUUUCAAGAAGAUGUCAGAAACAGCUUACAUGGUACAGGCUUAAUCUUCAAAAUUGCCAUUACCAACAGAUUCCACCCCAUAUCCUUUUAGCUACAGCGUGGAUAUAA